AAUUAAGUGUGGUUGAAAACAGAAAUAUAAAGGAUACAUAUAUAUAAUUAAUAUUAAGGCAGUGAUAAUGGAUGUGGACAAUACAUUACUUCUGCCAAAUUGUGAACACAAAACAGAUAUAAAAACCCCAUUUCUGAUUGGUGUGGCGGGAGGAACAGCAAGUGGGAAAUCAACAGUAUGUAAAAAAAUCAUGGAGCAACUAGGGCAGGCGGAUAUGGAUCAAGCGCAACGGCAGGUCGUCACUAUCGGCCAAGAUAGCUUCUAUCGCGAGUUAACUACUGCUGAAAAGGCUAAAGCACAAAAAGGACUGUUCAAUUUCGAUCAUCCGGAUGCGUUUAAUGAAAAUCUUAUGUAUGAUACUUUACAAGAAGUUCUAAAAGGCAGAAUUGUCAAAGUACCAUGUUACGAUUAUCGUUCAAAUUCACUCGAUCAUGAGAAUAAGCUGACCAUUUACCCCGCUGAUGUGGUAUUAUUUGAGGGUAUAUUAGUAUUUUAUUUCCCUAAAAUACGCGAUCUCUUUCAUAUGAAACUCUUUGUGGAUACAGAUUCAGAUACGCGAUUGGCGCGAAGAGUGCCGCGUGACAUCAAUGAACGUGGACGUGAUUUGGAUGCUGUGCUAACACAGUACAUGACAUUUGUAAAGCCUGCUUUUGAAGAAUUUUGUUCACCGACAAAAAAAUUCGCAGAUGUAAUUAUUCCGCGCGGCGCUGAUAACACAGUGGCUAUUGAUCUGAUCGUACAGCAUAUACGUGAUUUCCUCAAUAAUCGUUCGCGUUAUGGUUCCACGACAAAUAUUAAUCAUGAUAAUACGAAUGGCAUUGGAUUUAGAGGUAGUACUACUGCUGCCAUUGGUGGCGUAGGUAGGCUGACUUCUAAUUGCUUAGUGCGCAUAAUACCACCACCACUACCACCACCACCAACACCAGCACCACAACCAAUUGAAUGUACUAACCAAAAAUAUAUGAAAAUCAAUAAAGCUGUGGCGUAUAUAAGACCGCAUUAAUACGGCGUGAAAUACUAAAAUGGAUAUUAAGAGAGAUAAAUGUGAUAACAAUUUUGCUUGAAUUCUUUAUAUUGUCUACUAACCAUUGCACUAUGCUUACAGUUUAUUGUUGCACUGUUAAUUUUUAGUUGAACUAGUUUGUUAAAAUAAUAUAUAUAUGUAUUUAUUUU